CCUGGCAGAUAUUAAAGGUGUGCAGGGAGUGUAAAAGUCCAAGUUUCUUGUCACAUAGAGAGAAGAGUUUGCGAGGAGUAUUUCGAAAAAUGUAUCGGACCUGAAGCAAAGAAAUCUGGAAUCUUAUAGCACUUUCUUCAAAUUGUCCUCUCUCAUCUUCUCAACCUUGUGACUGGAAUCUACAUCUUCGGUUUUCUGACUGACAGCCCUGCGGAGCAUACGGUACGUUUAACUCUUCAGCGUAUCAUUCGAACUCAUUUUAAUCAACAUGUGCACGCCACAGCCCGUCUGCCCUGCCAAUGCCACCAUAUGCUCGGGCACAUCCUGCCUCAUGCCCCCUAAUAGAUUCAAUGAAGUCCUUGGGGUUGUAAUGAGCACCGUGAUGACUGUCAUGCUCGCCAUGGUCAUGUUUUCAAUGGGUUGCACUGUUGAAGCAAAAAAACUUUGGGCACACAUUCGCAGACCUUGGGGCAUUGUCAUCGGAUUCUUGUGCCAGUUCGGCAUCAUGCCUUUUACAGCCUUUGCACUCUCUCUGGCAUUCAAUGUGCUUCCCAUUCAGGCUGUAGUCAUUGUUAUUAUGGGAUGUUGUCCUGGAGGUUCCAGCUCGAAUAUUAUCUGCUACUGGCUCGAUGGGGAUAUGGACCUAAGUAUCAGCAUGACCGCAUGUUCUUCAAUCCUGGCGCUGGGCAUGAUGCCUCUUUGUUUGUUGAUCUACACCUCAAUCUGGACGUCAGCUGAUGCUCUCCAAAUCCCCUAUGAAAGCAUUGGCAUCACACUUGUGAGCUUACUUGUGCCAGUCGGUUUGGGAAUGUUAGUGAAAAGCAAGUGGCCAGAAAUAGCAAAAAAGAUUCUCAAAGUUGGAUCAGUGGUAGGAAUGAUCCUCAUCGUCGUCAUUGCAGUCAUAGGUGGUGUGCUGUAUCAGUCCUCGUGGACCAUUGCUCCUUCUCUUUGGAUUAUUGGUACCAUUUAUCCCUUUAUCGGAUUUGGUCUGGGCUUUCUGCUUGCUCGCUUUGUGGGACAACCUUGGUACAGGUGUCGCACCAUCGCUUUAGAAACUGGAAUGCAGAAUUCCCAGCUGUGCAGCACAAUAACCCAGCUGUCCUUUACUCAGGCUGAGCUUGACCUCAUGUUCGCCUUCCCCUUAAUCUACAGUAUCUUCCAGCUGGUUGUGGCCGGGAUUGCGGUGGGAGCAUAUUACUCAAUUAAGCAUUACGGGCAGAGGUCAGCGGAGACGGAUGGGGAAAGUGCACUGAGCAGUAAUGAUUCUGGAUCUUUCAAGAAGCAGGAUUAUGCUUUGGACAAUGGUGUCUUUCAGUGUGAUGACAAUGGCAACACUGAAGGAAAAGGCAAAGGUACACACUUGUGAGCUACACAGUAGCAAAUAUUGACAGAAUGAACUUUACACAAUUUAAUUUAUCUUCAUGCAAGUAUUGAUAAUAUUGCACAACCAAGUAAAAUGUCAUCCCUUGACCAUAAAAGUCCUAAAACUUGUUUCUAUGAUAACUCUACCCACAAGUAUGUGAACAGUUAAGUACGCUGACUGUCUAAUGCUUACUGUAAAAAACAUUUAUUUGUGACAAUAUACUGUAUGAAUGACAAUAGACCCUUUUACCACUCACGUGAUCAAAUAGCCUACAUGUGCAUUUAGGCAACAGAAGUGCUGUUAUUCCCCACUGGUUCUAACGUGAGCAACUCAGAAAGUUUAUUAAAAUGGUUUCCCAGCAUCAAAAUGUCUGGUUGUUGCAUUUGGUUGCACUAAUUAAUAUACUAAUAUAUAUAUAUAUAUAUAUAUAUAUAUAUAUAUAUAUAUAUAUAUAUAUAUAUAUAUAUAUAUAUAUAUAUAUAUAUAUAUAUAUAUAUAUAUAUAUAUAUAUAUAUAUAUAUAUAUAUAUAUAUAUAUAUAUAUAUAUAUAUGUAUGUAUGUAUCUGGCAACUUUAUUUUUGGCCAUCUGCUAACAUCUUCUAUCCACUCCACUAUAGUACACGGAUCUGGUAGCUGUGUUGAAAAAGUUGAUAAAGUCAACUUUUUAAAAUAACUUUCUCUGUCUGUAUUGCUUCACUGCUGAUUCUUGCCAUACUUCCGUUGCCCUAAAUGCACGCACAUACGCUGCCACGUCAUCAUUGUAUACAAACAGUAAAAGGGUCUAUAUAUGAAUGCUUUUUCUUAAGUAUCUUUUAAUAACUCAUUAGUAUUUCAGAGGUAAUAUUGGUGAUUUCAAAGCAUGAAGGUAACUCCUAAUUACUGUACAUGUUGUACAAAAGAUCCUUAAAUUAAGAAAACAUACCAGUUGGUGAAAUUAAGUUAAUUAUUCAAUUGUUAUUGUGCUUUGUAUACAUAAAAUCAUAAUGGACCUUUUUAUAGAUGUUUGCUUUCUAUAUUAUUUAUGUAUUAAAAAUCUUUUUUUAUCAAAAGCACAAAAGAAGAUUCCUUGUUUUACACCAUUCAAAAUUUUAGAUUUCAAGUAUUUAUUUUUAUCUUAUUAAUAUUUAUAUGCAUCAGAACAAUGUGAAUAAACUAAUAUUUCAAGUACAUGACGCCACGUUUUGAACUAGCAGACUUUGAGCUUUUUAUAUAUCAUAAAAUUGUCUUAGAUAAUUACACAAAGUCUAUUUUAUUGAGCCUGUAUUAUAAUGCUGUGAAAGAGCUUUUAUGACUCAAUGGGGCUUUAUGGGGUUAUUUUAAACCCUGGGUAAGAAGAAUCCUGGGUUAUCGAGUUUCACACCUAGGUUUUCAUAAUCUGACUUUUCACACUGUGCAUUCCUAAACCCGUAUUUUGCGUUCUUAUUUGUAUGUUUUGUGUGAGAACAGCCAUGAUUGAAUAAAUAGGCUAAGGGGGCGUGCACACCAACGCUUUUACGCCCGCGGCUGGCGCAUGUUUUCAAUUGUUUCCAAUUGUUUCCAAUGGAAGCUCAGCGUUUUUCAAAUAAGCCAGCAGCUAGCGGUUUUCUUCCGCGCUGAAAACCGGCGCCCGGCGGUUUUUCCGCGCUCAGCGCCAAGCGCAGAGAGUUGAAAGAUGUUCAACUUUGGAAGAAAAGCUCCGCUCGUCAAUGUCAGUUUUCACACGGCCGCCCAAUCACAGUGGAGGAGGGUCGGGACAUUACCACAGCAACCAACCGGCUCGCAGCUGAAGUAUCACAGCUACCAAAGCGCUCAGCUGAAGAAAGCUGGCACUCAGCUGAAAAACAGCUGGCAUUCGGCGUCCUCAAGGCGUUUUCAGCCGCGUUUAAAAGUUUUGGUGUGUCCAGCCCCUAAAGCUGUGUCAGACUGACUAAACAAAAAAAAUGUUUUUUAAAGCUAUUGCUUUACAGUUUUUUAUGAUUGCUAUCACACUUUUUUCAAUACUUUUAACAAGUUUCCAAAACUCUUAACGCAGCAACACAACUAAAACACACAACUUGCAAAAUCAUUAAUUUCAUGCUCAAAAUCACAAAUUGUAAACAAAACUCUCACACUGUUAACCAAAUCACUGUAAACAUGUCCCAGAAUCAACUAGUUACAGGUAUGCCAAAUUACCAACACAUGUUCUCUUCCAACAGAAACAUUUAGUCAAUCAUAACACAAUGUCAUAAAAAACAGAAACAUAAAAACUGCAUUAUUUUAUGUGUCAGUCUGUCCUUAUACAAUACAGUAGACUGCAUUCUACUGUAGACAGUAGAUUGUAUUGAUUAUAGACUGAGUUUUGCACUGCAGUUUCUUUUGAAAACUUGAUUAUAUUUUUGUUUAGCUGGGUUUAGUAAAUGCAUGCAUUAUAUUUGUUUUGCUGCAGAAAUUCAAGACAAAAAUGAAUCAUCCAUCUUAGAGUACGGUUUGUGAAAAAAAGUAGACAGACAGAAUUGGUGCAGUAAAGACUUUACAGUAUUUACAACAGGACAUUACCGCAAGAUAACAAACAUAUUCUAUAUUAUUGCCAUUUCUAGUAUAAAGUAAAAAUAAAAAAUACAAACAGAAAAAGCCACUGAAGAAUAAAGCAAAAAGAAAAUCUCAUCAUCUUAUCUAUUGCGUUUCUAUUUGGCCACAUGUUCAAGGCAUCUUGGAAAGAAUUCUUUGCCAUGUCUUAUCCACCUUUGACAGUGUUCAGGUGUGAUGUCUGGGAAUGCACCAUCUAUUGCAUCCAGGUGGGACUGGAGGAAAACCUCUCCCUUGUCCUGGUGGUCUUGCUACUCAUUUGGUCUUCUGCUGACUCUUGCAGACAUAUAUCUUAUUUUUUGUGUUGCUCAUAUUGUUCCUUUCCACAUAAGAUCAACCUGAAGAGGUUCUCUUUUACUCUAUUGUAUACCAUAUGCAAUUGAAAGAACCUGAGUGUGUUUCUUAGAUGAGAAUCAGCUGUGAUUUAUAUAUUUGCAUUGCUACAAUAAGUUGUUUUUCAUUCCAAAUGGAAUAAAAUACAGGGUAUAUAUUUGUGUUUCAAUUCAUCAUACAAACAGCUGUUUACUUUGACUAAAGUCAGGUUUCAGCACAUGAUGUUAUCAGUUUUGACAUGCUGUGUGAAAGCAUUUGUAAAUUUGACAUUAAAAAUCUAUUGUUUUGGU